CAGGUCGUUCGUUUCUUUUCCCUUCGCCGAACAUUUUGUCAGUAAGAUAAUAUGUUACAACAUCGAUCUAGGCUCUGAGUAAAAGUGGGGACCGACUCUCACUAUCUGUUCAGCUAUUUGCCGCGGUCGCCCUCUUGCUGCAGUUCAAGCCUCACGUCUUCCUUCGACCAGUGCACUAAUCAUUGCUAUCACUAAAAAGCGUAUAAACAAUAGUUUACUUUAAUUAUUUAAUAAUAAUGGGUGACGAGGAUAUUAACAAUUUUUAUCUCAAACGAGAAAUGGAUAAUUAUCGAUACAAUACUUGUGACUAUGCUGCUAUACCAUCUGCUGCCAAAUAUAUGGAAAGCCUGGGCGUUUCUGGGGUCGGCAUGCUCAGCAUCGGAUCACUCUUCUCCGCCAUAACUCUCUACAUAGCCAUUGACGCCUGUUACAAUGUCCUCUUUCAGAAGGAAACCACGUCCUACAAAACCAACAGUUACUUCAUACUCUUCGUCUAUCCAGUCGCCAGUUUAAGCAGUCUCCUGGCUAUUGCGAUACCAAGAGCCCAACUUCUGUCGGAGGCAGUCACUCAAAUCUUCUUGACGAUAUCCUUGUAUCGGCUGUUUCUUCUGCUAAUUGACGUGGGACGCAGAAACGUCACGAAACCGCCACCAUUAAUGCUAAAAGUCGGACCAUGUUGCUGCUGGCCUUGUCUGCCCUUUCCUACUCUGGAAUUGUCUACCAGCAAUUUGUCAUGGCUGCGCGCUCUCGUCCUGCAACUACCCUUCGUCCAGGGAAUCGCGUACUGCGUUCUUCUUUUUCUCGCGGCGGAGCAGCCCACACUUGCUGAACGGUACGUCAUUUAUUUGCAACCAUUUUGCGUUGUCAGCAUACUCCUUGGAAUAUACGGACUGACAGUAACUACCAAGAGUCUACAGGAAAUUGCUCCAGAAUCUAACCUGCAUUACAGGACUAUGGUUAGCCAAAUAGUCUUACUGUUUACGAAGCUUCAAGCGGCUCUCAUAAAGAAUCUGCCAAGCUUUGGAGUAUUUCCAUGCAAGCCGCCACUGACUCCACCGAUAUACGCUGGAGUGACGUACAACGCGCUGAUGUUAAUCGAAAUGCUUCUGCUAUGCUACGCCGCAAGUCUCAUCUACAAGGAUUCUGAAAAACAGGAAGACUGCCAGGAGUCGGCAGAUAAGCCGAAAGUCAAGACGACACCGGCUGACGUAACGAAUAACAAUGAAACAGUCAACGUACAACUGUCCGUUCAGGUUCCCGUGACGACGUCAUGAAUGCACGAAUUUUUAUUCUUGCCGAAUAUUCGAUCGUCGCCGUCAACUGGUGGGAUCGCCUUUAUGGGAAAUUUUAGAAAUUACAUCAUGUCAUUCCAAUGAGCCAGGAUUCACACCGAAAAGGGAUAGUACGAUUUAUCCGGAGGAUUAAUGUAUAUUCCUGGAAUGUCAGUGAUUCUAGCAGAUACUACCUGCAUGUAUUCUAGAAAUAGGAGUAAGUGUUAAAUAGUUGUUAAAACUUUAGAAAUCCUACAUAAGGAUAUUUCGUGUACCAGAGGGACAAGAAAAAUUUCACUCGUUUUAAUAUCGCACUAAUUCACAUUACAUUAUGUUUUGGAAAUUCGAUUAUUUUCUCAUACGAUAUUCGUAUACGUGUCGCAUGACGCAAUGUGGCGUAGUUACGAGUUGAGCACGAUUAAGAAAUUAUUGAAAAAAAUGAAAUAGUAAUUUCUAAGUGAUCGAUCGACAAACGGAACAUUAUAUGAGCUUGUACUGUAAUAAUAUGUCCUGGGAGGAAAAAAAAUGAAGAAGCAAGGACAUACAGCUUCGAAAA